CGUAGGCUUGAUUUUUGAAUUUGGCGGUUCACAAGAAUGAGUCGAAAAUGGUCGAAAAAGUUCGAUUUGCGACGAAAUUUUAUCGAUCGGUAGCAUGGCUUCUCACGAGAAAUAUGAACAUUUUGACUUAUGAUUUUUAUGACAAUUCACAAGGAUGAAUAAAUCUCGUACCACAAAAAAACUGUUGCUACUUAUGUAUCAAUGAAGCUCCGAACAGUUUGUAAUCGAUAAAGAUUCGGAAACUUGAUUUUUGGUCGCCGUAUCUGUAGAGGAGCAUAAUUCGGAGCUCACGCCGCCCAAAGCCGCCAUAUUGUUGUUUCGUGGUCGCUCACUCAAAAGUAGCCUUCAAUUAAACGUAACACGGAGCGGCUUUUUCCUUUAUCUCUCUUGAGAAAAAGAAACCCAGAUCGUCGAUAAAAAAAACUUUGAGUGUCAAUCAUCGUUUAGCGAAAGGAAUAUUUCACCAACGUUGUGUACAGUGUAAUAUCAAUAAUUUUACUAAAGGUACCAGUCAAAAACAAGACGAAAAAUAUUUCUUCGAUCAAUCAGAAAGCAGUAAUGGCCGAGACGGAGCCCCAACACAUUGAAGUUGCGGAAGAGGAACUUGAGGCUGAGUCAAAUUACAAACCUCCCCCGGAAAAAACUAUUGAAGAACUUCUCGAAGCUGACAAAGAGGAUGAAAGUCUAAGGAAAUACAAGGAAACUCUGCUUGGUGAUGCAAAAUCCGGUGGUCUUAUAGUCGAUCCUGAUGAUCCCCGAAAAGUGAUUGUCAAAAAAUUGGCCCUGUGCGUAGCUGGUCGACCAGAUAUGGAACUCGAUCUUACCGGCAAUCUUAGCCAACUGAAAAAACAGACCUUUGUUAUUAAAGAAGGUGUGAGUUACAGGAUACGCAUUGAUUUCAUUGUACAACGUGAAAUCGUGCAUGGCUUGAAAUACGUACAGAAAACAUUCCGACUAGGAGUUCUCGUGGAUAAAAUGACUCACAUGGUUGGUUCUUAUCCACCAAAAAAAGAAAUCCAAUCGUACACAACACCAGCAGAGGAUGCUCCUGCGGGAAUGAUAGCACGCGGUUCUUACAUUGUAAAUUCGUUGUUCACGGACGACGAUAAACACGAGCAUCUCAAUUGGGAAUGGUCGUUUGAUAUUAAAAAAGAUUGGAAAGAAUAAAAAAUCAAUAGAAGAGGAGUGGCGAGAAAAAAAUCCGUAAUUUUGCACCAGCUGAUUGAAACGUUUCUCGGAAAGAGCGCAGUGAAAAGUAUGAAAAAAAGUCUAAAAUUUCGCAGUACGAGAUAAAGCAAAGAGAAUCGCCAACCAUCUUGAAUUCUCAGUACAAAGGCAAACAAUCAUUCUUUUUUCCAUUUGUUUUUGUCUCUGAAACAUGGUUGCUGGUUAAAAAAGUGUCGAAGAAGAAACAUUGUACGUUAGUUCAUAAAUCAUUAGACCGACGAGAAUAGCUUUUUUUUACUACAACAAUGACGAGUCCCAUUCAUAUAUAUUUACGAGCUCCAGAAUAUCUGCCAUUUUGAAUAAUCUUUUUCACAGAAAAGAUGGUUUUUCUCCCAAGUGUGAGUGAUACCGAUAAUGAGAGUGUGAGUGGUGUUUGGAUUUUUUACUUUCAUACAAAUUUUUAUAACAGCUCAAUGUUUGUCGAACAAUGUAACGCUCCGUAGCUCGUUGUAGGAAAGAAAUCAUUUUAUUCUUGUUCCUGUCAUGCAAUUAUCUUUAUCAGCUUUUUUGUUUGAACAAAGUAAUCGUAAAAUAGGUAUAAAUUGUAACACUUAUUAUUAUUAUUAUUAUUAUUAUCAUUAUUAUUAUUGCUGCUAUUAUAACUAAUGCGAUUGUAAUUGAUGCUGAUGUGGAAUUUUGAGCUUCCCCUUGAAAAAUAGAAGACGAAAUUUGCAAAAUUCAAGAGAAUCCAAUCAUUUGUGAUAACGAGGAAUUCAAUUCAUUCAUUGAAAUCAACCGUUAAAAAUUCGUUUAACUUUGAACUGUAAAGUCAGAAACUAAAGCAUAAAAAAUGGACAUUUGACGGUUUAAUGAAGAACAAUAACGAUCGAAAUAAAGUGUCAAAAAUUUUACACCCAGCACAAAAGGGGCAUGUGUCAUGAUAUAACAAUAAUAUAUAUUUAUGCAUUAAUGAGAAAAACAUGAAAAGUUCCAGUCAAACUGAUCGAUCAAUUUCUCAUUCGUUUUACGCAAUAAAUGCAAAACGAUAACAGGAAAAACAAUCCCCGCUGAGAGGCAAUAAAGCCACCGACUCUAAAAAAAACAAGUGAUAAUUGAAACUCGGCCCCUGUACUGCUAGAAAAUGGUGACAAAAAGAGAACUCUGAGACAUGCAUAAUUGCCAUGAAACAAACUACACAUACUAUUGUAACAAUACUAUGUACAUUUGCACAUAAAAGUAAAAUACACUGUAAUUUCGCACAUAACGAGCGUGUGAAAAAAAAACAGUUGAGAUGUA